AGCUCUUUUAUUUUGAUGAUUUCGGGUAGGAUGGGCUUUUACUCAUUGAGUUAAUUUUAUGUGAGACCUAUCCAAGGUUGCUCAAACUCAGUCAUUCUAUUAUGUGAAUAUGCAUAUUUUGACAUAGGUUUUGUUGCUUUAGCGGACUUACAUUUGGAAAUUAUUCAUUGAUGUGCUCAGAGCAAUACAUUAACUUCUAUAUUUAGAAAAUAGUCAGGUUUUAAGACCUUUUUGUAACUUUCAAUUAUAAUUGCCUUUAAUGAAACAAUUUAUUAUCAAAAAGGAAAACUUAACCAUAAUUAGAAGGAAAACAGUAGACUGGGAACGUUUUAUCGCAAUGUUUAUCAUGUUAAUACUCUUAUAAAGGGCUCAUAUAAAUUUAUAAGCAAACUUUUAAGACCUCAGUUGAUAACUGGAUAAAGCAUAGGAGCUGAAAUUUCAUAAAAAGGUAAGUUGAGCUAAUAAAACAUUCAGAAUAAUAUACAACUUUAAUAAUUCAGUUUGCAGUGUGGUUUCAUUUUUAUGUAUUAGAAAAAAAGUUAAUGCUUAAUGCUGGUGAAUUUAUGGUGAAAUUGGAACUUAUAGACCUUUGUCAACUGAUACAGAUAUUUUGGAAAACAACUAGGUUGUAUGUUUGAAUAUAAAAAUACUUUAUUACAAUACCCCAAACGUGGCAAAAGUAAUAUAUCCAAAGAUAUUUAUCUCCUGCUAUCUAUACAGGACAGUUGGAAGCAUCAUAGUUUAUUAUCAUAGUGUAUUAGGUGGACUAUCACAAACAUUAAAAAGACUUUGAAGACUAAUACCGAAUACCAUGUUAAUGAUGUGGGAAAAGUAUAAUUCAAAAUUAAGAUCACAGUAAAGUGGUUAAGAGUACAGGCUCAGGUACCAAACUACCUGGGUUAGAAUCUUAGCUACUGUUACAUACUAGCUGUGUGACUUUUAGCUAAUUAUAGAAUUUCUAUGUGCCUCAUUUGCUUUACCUUUCAAAUGUGGAAUAAUAACAGGAUCUACGUAGUAGAGCUUUGGUAAGGAUUUAAAAAGUUAUAAUAUGUAAAAGUACUUAGAACUAUGCUUAGUAUGUAGUAAGCACUUAAUAAACAUUUUUAUAAUUAUGCUUUUUCUCAUAGCAGUAUGAAAAUAUGCAUAUGAAAAAAAUAUUAAAAUAGAUUCUUUCAGUCAGGGUAGUACAAUUAUACUUUCCUUUGUUUUCUAUAGUUUUUGUCAUGCUACCAUGUUGCUUUUAUAAUAAAAAGGUAUUUAAUGUAAUAUUUUAUCAUUUGUCUGAAAUCACGUUAAAUUAAGGAUUUCUAAAAUGCUUUAAGUUCCUUGGUUACCUGUGAGAUUUGGUGGACAAUGUAAUAUAUCACAGUAUUUAAAAUUAAACAUGUAGGGACUAUUCAUUCCUUUCAGAGCUUUCAAGUGUUUAAAGAAGAUAAAAUCUUUAUUUUUUUCCCUUAGCUUGAUUUUAUUUGUUUCAAGUGGUAUUUUCAGUACAUUUUUUUUGAAAUGUUUAGGUAGAUUUUAACAUAUUUAAAAGGCACUCAUAAACCCUCCCUUCUCUUUUGUAGCCUGAGUAGAAUAUUAUGAUUUUGCUCCCUCUACUGGAAGAGGACCAAGCAUCCUCUUUAGAAGGACCCUGGGAAAAACCUCUACUGCUUGAACCUAGGGUCAUCUGUCCACUUAAUAUGCAGAUUUCUGACUAGUUGGACUAGUCAUGUUGUCUAGUGUAUACUUGUCGUUAUGAAGCCCAAAAUUUAUUUACUGUUUACUUUUAUUUUUCUAGGGGCCUUGUCAUCAAUUAUUUUUUUAAUUCAUGUAUUUCUAAACAUUUCUGUUGGCUUUAAAAGAAGUUAUAGAUCUGGAAUGAAUAAAGGGUAAUUAUAAGUAACUAAAGUAGUCCCUUUUGCUAGCAUGUAGAUAGUACUGUCUCAGAGAAAUUUUUUUCAGACCCAUUCAGACCCAUCCUUUCAUAAACCAUCUUCCUCUACUGAUACAUUCAUAAGGCUUUGUUUAAAUCCAUUCACCUUUUUGUUCCAGAGUUUUUGUUUUGCUAACAUCUCAUUCUUUAUGUUAGGUGUUCAAAAACAGGUAAAAGGCAGUUGGUUUGGAAUAUUUUGUUGACUUAUCAAAAAGCUGUUCUCAAGUUUCCUAUUAUUUCUUAGUGUUAAUAAUAUUUGGGAGUUGUUGGUUGUGGGGGUGAAGACGAGGGAUAGAUUUGGUAGAGAAGGUGGAGGAUGAUUAUGACUGAGUUUUAUGAAAUGUAUAUAGGUUUUAUAUGUACUGAAUCAUAGGUCAUAUAUCCUAAAUAUGUGAAAUUUGAUUUAAUACGUGUAAUUUUAAUAAAUUUUGGUGGAGAUUACAAGUUUUUUUGGCUAUGUAAUUUUCAGAAUGUUCUGGAUGGUUAUGGUUACUACAUAGAAAAAUUGCUGUAUUAAUGAGUAGUUCUUCUUACGUUAUUAUGGUCUUUCCCCAGAUUCUUUGGAAAUAAAUUUUUUUCUUUUAGAUUUUUUUUAACUGUCUCUCUUAAUUGCAGUAAUUUCAUUUCAGACUAAAUUAGCAUAGUUGAAUGUAUAUAGACAUUAGAAAUUAAAAAAUAAUCUCUUAUUUGGUAUAACUUUUGGCUUAUCCAAAUCAAAAAAACGAGAUUCAUUUUAUUAUAGCCAAAACAAGAUAUUCUUUAACCUAAUGUGUGAAAAUUCAUAAUGGCACUCUAUUCAGAAUUCUAGAAAGCUUCAGUGAGAGUGUUGGAUAUGUAAAGAAUACUUCUAAGCCUUGCUUUUUCUUAUGUCCCAACUGAGGUCAGGUGGUUGUGGAUAUAAUUUCAAAUAUCUUGAAGUAAGUACUCUGAAGUCUGUGUCAGUCAUUAAAAACAGUGAAUAUUGCUGAGAACAUUUCUUAUAUAAUUGACUCUAGAAUUUUACCAUGAGAAAAGAAAAAGGGUAAGAAGCUAUAGCAAGUGUUCCUAAAUGUAAGUACUCACUAAACAUAAAGAAAAUACUAGCUUAUUUUCCUGUGUAAUUUUUAGAGCAUAGGAAUUUCGAGAAAAAAAUACUAUAAACUUUUCAUUGCUCUCUUAUGCCAGACACCUUCUGCUAUUUUGUAACACAAAAUCUUUCAUUUUUGUCUUCUUUGUAAAGUAGAAAUCACAUUAUGUGAUCUCUCAAUGUUUAUAAAUUCAAUUUAAUGUAAGUUUGAUAGCCGUGUAAAAUACGUGGGAUAGCUGAAAUAGCAUUCAAAACAAAAAAUAUAAUUUUAGGAUGUACAUAAUUCCUUUUUGGUUUCAUACUGUGAUGAAUUUAUUACUUUAUUUAGUACCUUGAAUUUUUCAUUUUCUUCCCAAGGAUAGGGAAACUUACAUUACCUAUAGGUUUUUAAAGAAAGUAGAGAAACACCUGUUUGAAUAGCCUAUGUCAGACACAUUUUAAGACAAUGAAUUUUUUUGUGAUAAAAAAUUUAAUAUGUGGUUUUUAAAAAAAUUGGACCAUAUAGAAAACAAACAAGUUAAAAAUAAGUUACUUGUGGGGCACCUGGGUGGCUCAGGCAGUUAACCGACUGACUUUGGCUCAAGUCGUGUUCUCACAGUUUGUGAGUUCAAGCCCCCAUUGGGUUCUGUGCUGACAGCUCAGAGCCUGGAGCCUGCUUCAGAUUCUGUGUCUCCCUCUCUCUCUCUGCCCCUCCCCUGCUCACACCACACACACGCACACACACACACACACGCACACACACACACACACACACAUUUUCUCUCUUUCUGCCCCCAAAAUAAAUAAACAUUAAAAAAAUUUUUUUUAAAUGUUACUUGUAAUACCACUACCAAAGAUGCCAUUGUUGACAUUUUGCUGUAUGAGUUUCCAGUGAGAUCUGUUGUUUGUCUCAUCCCUGUCCUUCACCUACAUAUUUUUGCAUUUUUAAGAAAUAAAGUUGAGGUCAUUAUAGUUCAUGCUUUUUGGCAAGUGGCUCUUUUCACCUUCCAAUUACUAUGUUGCAGACAUUUUUCAAGUUAUUAACUUUUUCUGAAAAUGAUUUUGAAUGGCUGAAUAGUUUAACCAUUACAAGAUUGCUAAAGCACCACAUAAAAAAUAAGGUUAUUAUUGAGCACUGGAAAAAUCUGGAUCAUGUUUAAUUAAAAUGUAUUUAUAUUUUUCUUGCAUAUAUUACCAUUACAAUUCAGUUUAAAAUAGAUGUGUAGCAAUAGCAAAUAUUAUAAUGACUAACAUGUAGAGUACCUACUUUGUGUUAAGCAGUAUUCUGAAUACUUUAGCAUACAUUAAUACAUGGAUCCCUCACAACACUCCUUUUAUUUGGAUACAGUUAUUUCCUUGAAUUUCUGUGGGAGGAAACUGAAGUACAGAGAAAUUAAAUAGUAUAUACCCCAAGUGACACACACAGCUAGUGUGGAGAUAGCCAGUGGCCAGACUGGAUUCAAACCAAGUUUAAGCCCAUUAUAUUGUUGUCUUACCCACUUUUACUUUCCUUCAAAGUAUGUUAGCACAUUGUAAUAUGUAACAAUAAUAUACUAAAUGAUUUUUCCCUACUUAUCCCCUCCCCCUUUCAAAAAUCUACCCUACUGAUGAGGCAGAAACUUGCUUUAGAAUCUUUAAGUGGAAAAGAGCAUGCAUCUCAUGUUUUCUGGCCAUGUUGGCAAAUAGUUUAUCCAUUACCAAAGGGAAAAACACUCCCAAAACAAAGAGAAGUAAACCAAAAUAGCUAUUGCUUCCAAGAGUGUUGAGACAUUUUUAAUAAAACUGUAUAAUAAGAAGGUAACAACAAAUGCUCUAAAGAUAAAUGUGAUCAUUAUCUUCAAGUGUUUAAAGAACGUUAGAGGUCAGAAUUAGGCCUGCUAAGUGAAAGUCACAGAAAAGUGGAUUAUCAUCUGAUACUAAAGAAGAAGUUUGAAGUUCCUUUCAGUGAAAGCAGGUAAAUAGAAUGGCUCAGAUGUGUCACAGAAAGAAUUCCUAUAGUGGGUGUAAGAUGGACUAAAUUGGUAGGUUCUUUUCAACUCUUAAGACUCUGCAGUUGUAAUUUUGGGUUUCAUUGCAGGACAUAUUCAUAUUGCCUGUUUAGCUCGUGAGUGGUGAUUACAAAUAAUGAAGAAAGAUAAAGAAAUAUGACAGGUUCUCUGCUAUCCAACAAUGUCAGGGAACUUAUUAAACAUGAGUAAAUUUCCAGAUAGUUAAAAUGUAUUCUAUUAAGCAUGAAAAUCUUUAAUUAUAUGGCACCCUCUCCCACCCCCAGAGGGCGAUGAUGAUGGUGGUAGAAUGCUUGGUUAGGAAAAGAUGAAGAGAAAGAGAGUUUUAUAUGGAGGUCUUGUAUGUUCAAAUAUGUAAUGGUUAUUUUUACACUUAAGUAAGGAUCCCCACUUAAGUAAAAAUCUGUUGGAACACAUUUCUUAAGCAGAAACAUAGCUAAUUUUGUGUAGAAGGAAAGGUGUUUUUAAAAAAGAAGGGGGGGUGCCUGGGUGGCUCAGUCAGUUGAGCAUCCAACCGACUCAGGUCAUGAUCUUGGGGUCUGUGAGUUCGAGUUCUGCAUCGGGCUCUGUGCUGACAGCUCAGAGCCUGGAGCCUGCUUCAGAUUCUGUGUCUCCUUCUCUCUCUGCCCCUCCCCCGCUCAUGCUCUGUCUCUCUCUCUCUCUGUCAAAAAUAAACAUUAAAAAAAACUCAUAAACUAUGUUUAAAAAGAAUGGGAAAAAACCUAUGUAAAACUAAAGGGAUUUGCUAUAUGUUGUUAUACUCAAUUGAACUCAGAGGAUCCCAAGCUCUUUGCUAGGUUUUUUUUUCUCCUAGUGGUAACUUUUCCUAAGUCAAAAAACCCAACAUAUAUAUAUAUGUGUGUGUGUACAAUUAAAAAAAAACUUGUCACUCCACUUAUACUCUGGACAAAAGGAAGAGAAAAAACUAAGAAGUUUUUAGAUCGUCUCCUUGAAGUGAUUAAAAAUCUUAUACCAUCCUUCUGUUGAUCAGUUUGCUUAAAUCUUUAUGCAUUUGGUGUGGUAUAUUGCCUAUAAGAAGUUUCAGAAUUCCUAUUGUCUAAGCCAGAACAAAAAAUAGAAAUUAUGUAUAGGAAUUUCCCUUUUAGUUCCUUUUUUUUCCCCCAGUUAAAGUGGACUAGUUUUUGGCUUUGACAUUUCUGUCAUGUCUUCAGGAUUAAAAUAUUCUAUUUGAACGGAGAAAUUCAUGGAAUAUUAGCUAGUUCUAAAAUACGAUCUUAAUAACUAAACUCUGUACUGUAUUGUAGAAGAGUUGAGCUCUGCACAGCCUGCCAAGAAUCAGAGUAACAGAAACUCCAGUCGUUAACAGUAGCUUUAAGGCCGUUGAUCUCUAACAUGCAUACUUAAGGGUGAAAGGUGAACAGGAAGUGAAUUCCAGGGGUGGGGAAGAGGCAGCAGUUGGUGAGAAAUUUGUGGAUUAGUGCAGUAUGUGAAGAGCAUGAGAUCCAAGCCAAACUUCAAACCUCCAUCUUCCAAGAAGAGUGACGGUUCUGGGACAUACACUAAGUUGCAGAAUACCCAGGUGAGGAUCAUGUCUGAGAAGAAACAGAGAAAAAAAGUGGAAUCAGAAAGCAAGCAAGAAAAGGCUAAUCGGAUAAUAUCAGAGGCCAUAGCAAAAGCAAAGGAGCGUGGGGAACGCAAUAUUCCACGAGUAAUGAGUCCUGAGAACUUUCCUAGUGCUUCAGUUGAAGGAAAAGAGGAAAAGAAAGGUAGACGGAUGAAAUCCAAGCCAAAGGACAAAGAGAGCAAAAAAACAAAAACUUGUUCAAAGUUGAAAGAGAAGACAAAAAUUGGCAAACUCAUUAUUACGUUGGGUAAGAAACAAAAAAGAAAGAAUGAGUCUUCAGAUGAAAUAUCUGAUACAGAGCAGAUGCCACGGCACACACUCAAAGAGGAAGACCCUCAAAAAAGAAGAUCAAAUCGUCAAAUUAAAAGAAAAAAAUAUGCGGAAGAUGCAGAAGGGAAACAAUCUGAAGAAGAGCUCAAAGGUUCUAUGAAAAUAAAAAAGAAUUCAGCUCCUUUACCUGGUGAACAGCCUUUACAGUUAUUUGUGGAGAAUCCAAGUGAAGAAGAUGCUGCAAUCGUGGAUAAAAUCCUGUCUUCUAGAAUUACAAAAAAGGAAGUAUCACCUGGCGUGAUGAUUGAUACAGAAGAAUUUUUUGUAAAAUACAAGAAUUACUCCUAUCUUCACUGUGAGUGGGCCACAGAACAGCAGCUUUUGAAAGAUAAAAGGAUCCAGCAGAAAAUCAAACGAUUCAAACUGAGACAAGCACAAAGAGCACAUUUUUUUGCAGACAUGGAAGAGGAACCAUUUAACCCAGACUACGUUGAAGUAGACAGAGUGUUAGAAGUCUCUUUUUGUGAAGAUAAAGACACUGGUGAGCCUGUUAUUUACUACUUAGUAAAGUGGUGCUCAUUACCGUAUGAAGAUAGUACUUGGGAACUAAAAGAAGAUGUAGAUCUUGCAAAAAUAGAAGAGUUUGAACAGUUACAAGCUUCAAGGCCUGACACAAGACAUUUGGAUCGUCCUCCCGCUAAUAUUUGGAAAAAAAUUGAUCAAUCCAGGGACUAUAAAAAUGGCAAUCAACUCAGGGAAUAUCAACUGGAAGGACUCAACUGGCUCUUAUUCAAUUGGUACAAUAGACGAAACUGCAUUUUAGCUGAUGAAAUGGGUCUUGGCAAAACCAUUCAGUCAAUUACAUUCCUCUACGAAAUCCUUCUGACUGGUAUAAGAGGACCUUUCCUGAUUAUCGCUCCACUUUCUACUAUUGCAAACUGGGAGAGAGAAUUCCGUACAUGGACUGAUAUUAAUGUUGUGGUUUACCAUGGGAGCCUGAUUAGCAGACAGAUGAUACAGCAAUAUGAGAUGUACUUCAGGGACUCACAGGGGCGUAUCAUUCGAGGAGCUUACAGAUUCCAAGCCAUCAUCACCACUUUUGAAAUGAUUCUUGGUGGCUGUGGAGAGCUAAAUGCAAUUGAAUGGCGAUGUGUGAUUAUUGAUGAAGCACAUAGGUUAAAGAAUAAAAAUUGUAAACUUCUUGAAGGUCUGAAACUCAUGAAUCUGGAACACAAGGUGCUUUUGACUGGUACACCUCUCCAAAAUACAGUUGAAGAACUAUUCAGUCUUCUUCACUUCCUAGAACCUUUAAGGUUUCCUUCCGAAUCAACAUUUAUGCAAGAAUUUGGGGAUCUGAAAACAGAAGAACAGGUGCAAAAACUUCAGGCUAUCCUGAAACCCAUGAUGUUGAGGCGAUUGAAAGAAGAUGUGGAGAAGAAGCUGGCACCAAAGGAAGAAACCAUCAUUGAAGUGGAACUUACUAACAUUCAAAAGAAAUACUACCGGGCUAUUUUGGAGAAGAACUUCUCCUUUUUAUCCAAAGGGGCAGGGCAGACCAAUGUACCUAAUUUGGUCAAUACCAUGAUGGAGCUCAGGAAGUGCUGCAAUCAUCCAUAUCUUAUCAAAGGUGCUGAAGAGAAAAUACUUGGAGAAUUUAGGGAUACGUAUAAUCCAGCUGCUUCUGAUUUUCAUCUUCAAGCAAUGAUCCAGUCUGCUGGUAAACUGGUCCUUAUUGAUAAAUUGCUUCCCAAAAUGAAAGCUGGAGGUCAUAAAGUGCUCAUCUUCUCUCAGAUGGUACGCUGCCUUGACAUCCUAGAGGACUAUCUCAUUCAUAAAAGAUAUUUAUAUGAGCGAAUUGAUGGAAGAGUCAGAGGGAACCUGCGACAAGCUGCUAUAGAUCGAUUUAGUAAACCUGAUUCAGAUCGAUUUGUUUUCCUUCUGUGCACCCGAGCUGGUGGGUUGGGCAUCAACUUAACUGCUGCUGAUACAUGUAUAAUUUUUGAUUCUGAUUGGAACCCUCAGAAUGACCUGCAGGCCCAAGCUCGUUGCCACAGAAUCGGUCAGAAUAAAGCAGUUAAAGUCUACCGACUAGUAACUCGUAACUCCUAUGAGAGAGAGAUGUUUGACCGAGCCAGUCUGAAACUGGGUCUAGAUAAGGCUGUGUUACAGAGCAUGAGCGGAAGAGAAAGUAAUGUUGGUGGUAUUCAACAGCUUUCCAAAAAGGAAAUAGAAGAUCUGCUUCGAAGAGGUGCAUAUGGUGCUAUUAUGGAGGAAGAAGAUGAAGGCUCUAAAUUCUGUGAGGAGGAUAUUGAUCAGAUUUUACUACGUCGUACAAAAACUAUCACAAUUGAGUCAGAAGGACGUGGGUCAACAUUUGCCAAGGCAAGUUUUGUGGCAUCUGGAAAUCGGACAGAUAUUUCCUUAGAUGAUCCUAACUUCUGGCAGAAAUGGGCUAAAAAGGCAGAAAUAGAUAUAGAUGCCAUCAGUGGCAGAAACAGCUUGGUUAUUGACACUCCAAGAAUUAGGAAGCAAACAAGACCCUUUAGUGCCACAAAAGAUGAGUUGGCGGAAUUAUCUGAAGCCGAAAGUGAAGGGGAUGAAAAGCCCAAACUCCGGAGACCCUGUGAUCGUUCCAAUGGCUAUGGAAGAACUGAAUGCUUUAGAGUAGAGAAAAAUCUUCUAGUUUAUGGAUGGGGCCGAUGGAGAGAGAUUCUGUCUCAUGGCCGUUUUAAAAGGCAGCUGAAUGAGCAUGAUGUAGAAAUAAUUUGCCGAGCCCUCUUAGCUUAUUGCCUUGUUCACUACCGAGGAGAUGAGAAAAUUAAAGGCUUCAUAUGGGAUCUCAUUACUCCAACUGAAGAUGGGCAGACACGAGAGCUACAAAAUCAUCUGGGCCUGUCAGCCCCAGUACCCAGGGGUCGAAAAGGGAAGAAAGUAAAGACUCAAACAAGCUCAUUUGAUAUACAGAAAGCAGAAUGGCUUCGAAAAUAUAAUCCUGAGCAGCUACUUCAAGAUGAAGGAUACAAAAAACAUAUAAAACAUCACUGUAAUAAGGUUUUGCUUCGUGUAAGAAUGCUGUAUUAUCUAAAGCAAGAAGUCAUUGGAAAUGAGUGUCAGAAAGUAUUUGAUGGAGUUGAUGCAAGUGACAUUGAUGUUUGGGUCCCAGAACCAGACCACUCAGAAGUUCCUGCUGAAUGGUGGGAUUUUGAUGCUGAUAAGUCCCUUCUUAUUGGAGUUUUUAAACAUGGUUAUGAAAAAUAUAACACUAUCCGAGCAGACCCAGCAUUAUGCUUCUUGGAAAGAGUGGGAAAACCUGAUGAGAAAGCGGUUGCUGCAGAACAGAGGGCAAAUGAUUAUAUGGAUGGGGAUGUGGAAGAUCCAGAAUACAAACCUGCCCCAGCUAUCUUUAAAGAUGAUAUGGAGGAUGAUGUUUCUUCACCAGGAGAUCUUGUUAUAGCAGAUGGAGAUGGUCAGCUGAUGGAGGGUGAUAAAAUUUAUUGGCCAACUCAAUCAGCUUUAACCACACGUUUGAGGCGUCUCAUCACUGCAUAUCAGCGUACUAAUAAAAACAGACAAAUCCAACAGAUACAGCCCACGUUCUCAGUGCCUGCCAGUGUCAUGCAGCCUCUUUAUGAAGAAGCCACUCUUAAUCCUAAAAUGGCAGCCAAGAUAGAAAGACAGCAGAGAUGGACAAGAAGAGAAGAAGCUGACUUUUAUAGAGUUGUGUCCACAUUUGGAGUGGUAUUUGAUCCUGACAGAGGCCAAUUUGACUGGACAAAAUUUAGAGCUAUGGCUAGGCUGCAUAAGAAAACUGAUGAUAGUUUGGAGAAGUAUUUGUAUGCAUUCAUGUCCAUGUGUCGGAGGGUUUGUCGUCUUCCUUCCAAAGAAGAAUUGGUGGAUCCAAAUAUUUUUAUCCAGCCAAUCACAGAAGAACGUGCUUCAAGGACUUUGUAUCGCAUUGAACUUCUAAGGAAAGUACGGGAACAGGCCCUCCGACAUCCACAAUUGUUUGAACGCUUGAAGCUUUGCCAUCCAAAUCCAGACCUGCCAGUCUGGUGGGAAUGUGGCCCUCAUGAUAGGGACUUGCUCAUUGGAGCUGCGAAACAUGGGGUGAGCCGAACAGACUAUCACAUUCUUCGUGAUCCUGAACUCUCCUUUAUGGCAGCUCAAAGGAACUACAGUCAAAGUAAGAUGGCUCCUUCAAGGACUUCUACCCCACUUUUACAGCAAUAUCAAGUAGCACUUUCUGCUUCUCCUCUUACCUCUCUACCUAGGCUCCUAGAUGCUAAAGGUAUUAUUCUAGAGGAUAUGAAAGUUAAAAGUGAAAAUCUUAAAGAGGAGCCUCAGUCUUCUGAAGAAGAAUCUAUGUCUUCUGAGGAAACCAGGACACUAAUAAAGUCUGAGCCUGUAAGUCCAAAGAAUGGUGUUUUACCGCAGGCCACUGGAGACCAGAAAUCUGGUGGAAAAGGUGAAACAGACAGACGCAUGGUUGCAGCCAGAACAGAACCCCUAACUCCAAACCCAGCUUCUAAGAAACAGCGAGUCCACAAAAGAGGAUCCGAAUCUAGUUCUGAGUCUGACUCUGAUUCUGAGAGAUCAUCCUGUUCUUCCAGAUCAUCUUCUUCCUCGUCUUCCUCCUCCUCUUGUUCCGACUCUCGAUCAGGCUCUAGUUCCUCUUCAUCCUCCUCCUGUUCUUCAGCAUCGUCUUCAUCCUCAUCCUCAUCCUCUUCCUCAUCAUCCUCCUCCUCAUCUUCAUCAGAAGAAAGUGACAGUGAAGAAGAAGAAGUCCCAAAGCGAGCAGAAGGUACCCCUCACGUGAAAGCCUACGAUGAAGAAAGUGUUGCGUCACUGAGCACUACCCAGGAUGAGACCCAAGAUAGCUUCCAGAUGAACAAUGGGACACCAGAGUCCGCUUAUAUCUUACAAGGAGGAUACAUGCUAGCAGCCUCAUAUUGGCCAAAGGAUCGUGUGAUGAUCAACCGGCUGGACAGUAUUUGUCAAACAGUUCUGAAAGGGAAGUGGCCUUCAGCUAGAAGAGGUUAUGAUGCCAACACAGUGGCCUCUUUCUAUACCACAAAACUGCUGGACAGCCCUGGCGCAGCUACAGAAUAUAGCGAACCCAGUGUACCCACACCCCCAGGCGCCGGUGUUAAAGAAGAACACGAUCAGUCAACACAGAUGUCAAAGGUGAAGAAGCAUGUACGAGAAAAGGAGUUUACAGUGAAAAUCAAAGACGAAGGUGGUUUGAAGUUGACGUUUCAGAAGCAAGGGCUUGCUCAGAAAAGACCGUUCGACAGCGAAGACAGUGCCCUGGGGCAGCAACAGUACCUUGCUCGGCUUCGGGAACUGCAGAGUGCGUCGGAGACCAGCCUCGCCACCUUUCCCAAAUCCGUGCCAGUAUCAGGUACUUCCAUUCAGUCAACCCUUGGUGCCAAUGGAGUUAGAUUAGACAACCAGCCUAUAGUCAAAAAAAGGCGGGGAAGGAGGAAGAAUGUAGAAGGUGUUGACAUCCUCUUUUUUAACAGAAAUAAACCACCUAAUCAUGUAACUGUAGGCCUAACCAGCUCCCAGAUUUCUACAGGGAUAAAUCCAGCACUGUCCUACACUCAGCCUCAAGGAAUUCCGGAUACAGAAAGUCCGGUUCCAGUUAUUAACCUGAAAGAUGGGACAAGACUUGCAGGCGAUGAUGCGCCAAAGAGAAAGGAUUUGGAAAAAUGGCUUAAGGAGCACCCAGGUUAUGUGGAAGAUUUAGGAGCUUUUAUUCCUAGAAUGCAGCUCCAUGAGGGGAGGCCCAAACAAAAGAGGCAUCGGUGCAGAAACCCUAAUAAACUCGAUGUUAAUAGUCUUACUGGAGAAGAACGUGUUCAGCUGAUUAACAGAAGAAAUGCCAGAAAGGUUGGAGGUGCUUUUGCUCCCCCUUUAAAAGAUUUAUGUCGAUUCCUGAAAGAAAAUUCAGAAUAUGGAGUGGCUCCUGAAUGGGGAGAUGUUGUUAAGCAGUCUGGGUUUCUUCCAGAAAGUAUGUAUGAGCGUAUUCUCACUGGUCCCGUUGUGAGAGAGGAGGUCAGCAGGCGGGGGCGGCGGCCCAAAAGUGGAAUUGCGAAGGCCACGGCAGCGGCCACAGCUACAACUGCCAGCGGUGUUUCAGGCAAUCCUUUGUCGGCCAAUGGAUUACUUCCAGGUGUGGAUCUCACAACUCUUCAGGCCUUACAGCAAAACCUACAAAACUUGCAGUCACUGCAAGUCACUGCAGGGCUGAUGGGAAUGCCUGCCGGCCUUUCUUCUGGAGGAGAAGCUAAAAACGUGGCUGCCAUGUUCCCCAUGCUGCUGUCAGGAAUGACUGGAUUACCAAAUCUGCUGGGCAUGGGAGGGCUCCUGACAAAGCCUACCGAAUCUGGAACAGAGGAAAAAAAGGGAAAUGACCCUAAGGAGCUAGAAGGAAAAAAAGAAAGGACAGAGAGUCAAAAUUCAGAGAACGGGGGAGAAAACUCUGUGUCAAGUUCUCCUUCGACAUCGUCUACUGCUGCAUUAAAUACAGCUGCAGCUGCCAACCCGUUAGCUCUUAACCCACUCCUACUCUCCAAUAUACUUUAUCCAGGGAUGCUUCUCACUCCAGGCCUUAAUCUUCAUAUUCCAACUUUGUCCCAGUCCAAUACUUUUGAUGUACAGAAAAACAAAAACAGUGACUUAGGCUCAUCUAAGUCCAUAGAAGUCAAGGAGGAGGAUUCCAGAGUUAGAGAUCAGGAAGACAAAGGAGGAACUGAACCCAGUCCUCUCAACGAAAACAGCACAGAUGAGGGUUCAGAGAAAGCCGAUGCUUCAUCUGGAUCUGAUAGUACAUCGUCAUCAUCCGAGGAUUCAGAUUCUAGUAAUGAAGACUGAUUCCCAGACUGCACUUAAAUUAUGAACUGAUUUUGGAUUUUUUUCUUUAAUUAUUAAUUGUAAAUACCCCAGUGUUGAGUGCAUCAAUAACUUACUGACCGAACAUUUCAGUUCUUUGUUUAGAAGUGCAAACUGCUUUCAGAGACGUUUUGCAUGUAAUAUUUCUUAAAAUUCCUAAGUUUCUGAACUCGUAUGUACUAUCAAAUACAUAAAGGUGUAAAAUUGCAACAAAAGGCAUUAUAAUUUUGUUGGGGGUUAAUUUUAUGAAAAUGAUGCUCAAUAAGAGUUGUAUAUUUAAUAUAUUUGCAGUGAACACAGAAUACUUUAUGCAUAUUACUGAUUUAAUUUGAAUAUAGUUUUACAGCCUCCUUGACACCUAUAAUUUACAGAUCAAAACUCAGCAAUAAUUUGGGCAGCUAAUGAAUGUCAUGAAAGCUGUAGAAUCUACAUCGCCAUCCAUUGCUUUAAUUACAUGAAAAUGCUCUAGUGUUGUGACGCACUGCUGAUGCUUCCAAUUCAGGUACAAGUGUGUUUUCAAGAAGAAAUAAGUUUCCCAAUCAGCCAAUUUAACUGGCUACCUGUUACCUCAGCUGAGUUAGUUUAGGAAGUUUACAUUCGUUUCUAAUUCUAUACUUGUUUUCAGGGGUUUUUUAAACACAUCCUAUAUAUCAUGUUAAUCUGGCAAGAACUGUGACUUGCUUUUUGCUGAGCUUAACUCUGCUGUCGGUAAAAUCAAGUCAUAAAAUAAUCCUGUGUCACGUGACUUUGGCACCCUCUAGACAUACUUAGUUUCACUUUUUCCAAGUUUGGCCUCCUCUUAGAAAUAAUUAUGUCUCAGAUGAGUAAUGUCUGUUUCCAGGGUUCAGAAAAGGCAAACUCAUGAAAUGCCACUGAAAAGAACUUUCAACACAGCAUACUUCAUGUAAAAGAAAUUGUUUGUUUGCUUUAUUUGUGUAGAUUUCUAUUUGUGUUUUAUGUCAUGGAAAUAUUCCAGAAUUAACAGAGGAUAGUGGUAAAGUAAUAUGCAGAACACUCUGAAUUCAUUUUGAGUUUCUAGGUAGAAGCAGAUGAAAUGUUGCCCAGAAUCAGUGUUGGGUUAUCAGUUUAUAUUAAAUAUACUGAGUUGGCCCAUUUUGAAUAUGCACUUUGAAUAAUCUCAAAAAAUAUAUACAAGUUAUACCUGUAAACCACAAAAACGAAGCCCAAGGCUUCUGAUCAAUUUCUUAGAACCCUUUAUCAUGCAAAAUCUGUCUGAUAUUUGAUUUGUGAUACAGUUUCUCCUGCUAAAGCUGCUAUUCCGACAAGAUGGAGAGGUCCAGUUUCACUUUCAUAUACAUUUAAAACAAUUAGAACUGAAUUGGAGUAAAAUAUCAUUUACAUCCUAAGGAGAGAAAGAUGUUAGCAUUUUCUGGUACUUGAAUAAGUCAGUGAUAAAGUUUGCGAGGGGAUAAAUUUAGGGGGAAAAAGUACCCCACUUCUCUCCCAGAGGAAAAAAAUAACUUUCAGUGCGUUUUGAUAAAACUCUGUUGUUUUGUCAUGAACCCAGCAAUUAUAUUGGAUUUUCCAAGAUCUUUACCAGUAAAUUAUGUUUCUGUGUGUAAAAUAACUAACCCCUUAUUAGAGAGACAGUGUUACAUGUAUUUACAAAAUCAUAUAACUUCCAUUGGGAUUGUAUUGAUUUUUGUAUUUUCCCCAAAAUAGUGCUUUGAAUUGAUAGUCCUUUAUGCAGUGUCUUAGCAAUAGUCACUCUAAUGCCCAUCCAGGAGAAGUGGGUAGUAAUUCUUCAUCAUGAAAAUGAUAUAUUA